UUGUGAUUUUUGUGGUAAUGGGGAAGCAUUGAUCCAGUCAUUCAUACUGUAACUUCACGCAGUCCAAAGUCCAGGCCCACCAGCUUACACACACACACACACACACAGACAGCAAGUGGGCAGGACUUCAAGCCGGUAAGAGGCGGAGUGCACAAGGGAGAAAACAGAUUAUACAUCUCUUGCCUGGCGCUGGACGGCCAAUGAAACGCUACUCAAGAGGAUACUUUAUUGUGUCAACAAUACCCGAUAAGAGAAGGCAGAGUUCCGGAGCGAUGCGGCAUGUGUUGAUUUUCAAGAACGAAAACUGAAUCGAGGAAUGGGAGCGUCGUACCAGCGGCCACACCACAACAUGACCCAACUUCAAACUCGUGGUGCGCACUAGCGGCGAUCGAAGGCGCGGAUAAGCCGAUGAUGAGUUUCCUGUAAACUGUUGAUAAAACGCGUGGAUUGGACGGUAAUUGAUCCCAAGGGACGCGUAGCGAUGGCCACUCCGGUGCAUCCGGAGACCAGGAAAUUUACGCGGGGUCUGGGUAAACCUGGCACCGCUGCUGAACUCAGGCAAAGUGUCUCGGAGGUGGUGAGGACGUCGGUGCUGGUCGUAAAACCAAAGGUGAUCGAGCCGCUCGAUUAUGAAAAUGUGCUGGUGCAGAGGAAGACGCAGAUCCUUAGCGAUGUCCUCAGAGACAUGCUGCAGUUCCCCCUUGAGGACUUUGAGAUUUCAACUUUGAGGAGACAAGGGAGAACCCUGUACCCCACAGUGCCUGAAAAUGCAGAGAGGGAGGCCCAGAGUCUGUUCGUCCAAGAGUGCAUUAAGACCUACAAGUCAGACUGGCAUGUGGUCAACUACAAGUAUGAGGACUAUUCAGGGGACUUCCGACAGCUUCCAAAUAAAGUGUCCAGGCCUGAUAAAUUGGCUGUCCAUGUAUUUGAAGUGGAUGAAGAUGUCGACAAAGAUGAGGACACAGCCUCCUUAGGCUCCCAGAAAGGUGGAAUCACUAAACAGGGCUGGCUGUAUAAAGGAAACAUGAACAGUGCUAUCAGUGUCACCAUGAGGUCAUUCAAGAGGAGAUAUUUCCACUUGACUCAACUUGGAGAUGGUUCUUAUAACUUAAACUUCUACAAGGAUGAGAAGAUCUCCAAAGAGCCCAAAGGAACUAUUUUCUUGGACUCCUGUAUGGGUGUGAUUCAGAACAACAAGGUUCGAAGGUUUGCUUUCGAGCUUAAGAUGCAGGAUAAGAGCACCUACCUGCUGGCUGCAGACAGCGAGGCAGAGAUGGAGGAAUGGAUCAACACGCUCAAUAAGAUCUUGCACAGUAGCUUUGAAAUCGCCAUGCAGGAGAAGAGAAAUGGAGACAUUCAUGAUGGUAUGUGUGCGUUUUUUGCGGUUCAGUUUAGGAAAUGCUUUCCUUCUCCGCAGAGCACAAGAGAUAUAGAGUCUAGGAUGAAGAAUGAAACCAGGCUGAAGCUGUUCACGCUGGAUCCGGACACACAGAAACUCGAUUUCUCAGGAAUAGAGCCAGACGUGAAGCAGUUUGAGGAGAAGUUUGGCAAGCGUGUGCUGGUGAACUGCAACGACCUCUCGUUUAAUUUGCAAAGCUGCGUGGCCGAGAACGAGGAAGGGCCAACAACAAACGUGGAGCCAUUCUACAUCACCCUGUCGCUGUUUGACAUCCAGAAUGGCAGAAAAAUCUCCUCUGAUUUCCACGUUGACCUAAACCACCCCUCUGUCAGGGGCAUGAUGCCCAAUAACAGCAGUCAGUAUAUGAACGGGGGAGGCGAUGGCCGACCCGACAGCCAGCGGUUGAUCCACGGGAUGCCAGAAGCAGCCAUGCAGUAUCCCAGACAGGGAGUGUUUUCGGUAACAUGCCCACACCCAGAUAUCUUCCUGGUGGCCCGCAUAGAGAAGGUCCUUCAGGGGGGUAUCAACCACUGUGCCGAGCCAUACAUGAAGAGUUCAGACUCCACCAAGGUGGCACAGAAGGUCCUGAAAAACGCCAAGCUGGCAUGCAACCGGUUAGGCCAGUACAGGAUGCCUUUUGCCUGGGGAGCAAGACCUUUGUUCAAAGAUGCUUCAGGGACUCUUGACAAAACUGCUCGCUUCUCCGCUCUAUACAGACAAGACAGCAACAAACUGUCCAACGACGAUAUGCUCAAGCUGCUGGCUGAUUUCAGGAAGCCGGAGAAGAUGGCCAAGCUGCCUGUAAUCCUAGGAAACCUCGAUGUUACCAUUGACAACGUAGCCCCAGACUUGUCAAAUUGUGUUACCUCAUCCUACAUCCCUGUGAAGCAGUUUGAUGUCAGCGAGAAGAGCAACAUCUUCGUUGAAGUGGAGGAGUUUGUGCCGUGCAUUGCCAAAUGUUCUCAGCCUUUCACCAUCUACAACAAUCACCUCUAUGUCUACCCGAAGCACUUGAAAUACGACAGCCAAAAGUCAUUUGCGAAGGCUAGAAACAUAGCUGUCUGCAUCGAGUUCAGGGACUCGGAUGAGGAAGAGGCUGUAGCACUUAAGUGCAUCUACGGCCGGCCUGGAGGACCCUUGUUUACCAAAAAUGCCUUUGCCUCAGUGUUACAUCACCAGCAAAAUCCUGAAUUCUACGAUGAAUUUAAGAUUGAGUUGCCAACCCAGCUCCACGAGAAGCAUCAUCUUCUCUUCACCUUCUAUCACGUCAGCUGCGAUAGCAACAGCAAGGCCAGCACCAAAAAGAGAGAGCAGGUUGAGAUGCAAGUUGGUUACGCCUGGCUCCCGUUGCUGAAGGACGGUCGGGUGAUCAUGAAUGAGAGUCAGAUCCCGGUUGCCGCCAACCUACCUGCCGGAUACCUCAGCUGUCAGGAGGGUGCCAGCAAGCAUUUGGGUCCUGAAGUGAAAUGGGUGGAUGGAGGAAAACAGUUAUUCAAAGUUUCCACCCACCUUGUGUCCACUGUCUACACUCAGGAUCAGCAUUUGCACAAUUUUUUCCAUUACUGUCAAACCAUUGCAUCAGGCGCCCAGGCGUCAGGAGGAGAGCUGGUCAAAUACCUGAAGAGUCUGCAUGCCAUGGAGAGUCACGUGAUGAUUAAGUUCCUGCCCACCAUCCUCAAUCAGCUGUUCAGGGUGCUAACCAGUGCCACCCAGGAAGACGUGGCAGUCAACGUCACCAGAGUCAUGAUUCACGUUGUGGCGCAGUGCCACGAGGAAGGUUUGGAGCACUACCUUAGAUCUUACGUGAAGUAUGUCUUCAAGACUGAGCCAUACACGUCCUCCACCACCCGAACGGUGCACGAGGAGUUGGCUAAAGCCAUGACUGCAAUCCUGAAGCCUUCCACUGACUUCCUCACAAGUAACAAGCUGCUCAAGUACUCCUGGUAUUUCUUCGAAGCCUUAGUCAAAUCCAUGGCUCAGUACUUGAUUGAGAGCUGUAAAGUAAAGCUGUCCAGGAACCAGCGCUUCUCUGCAUCGUUCCAUCACACUGUGGAGACCUUGGUCAACAUGAUCAUGCCACACAUCACGCAGAAAUACAAGGACAACCUAGAUGCUGCCCGGAAUGCCAACCACAGCUUGGCAGUCUUCAUCAAGCGUUGUUUCAACCUGAUGGACAGAGGCUUUGUGUUCAAGCAGAUCAACAACUAUAUCAACUGUUUUGUGCCUGGAGACCCAAAGACUCUGUUUGAGUUCAAGUUUGAGUUCCUGCGAGUCGUGUGCAACCACGAGCACUUCGUCCCUUUAAACCUGCCCAUGCCGUUUGGAAAGGGACGGAUUUUGAGAUUUCAAGACCUCCAGCUGGAUUACUCGCUGACGGAUGACUUCUGUAAGAAUCACUUCCUGGUUGGACUGCUGCUCAGGGAAGCCAGCGCAGCUCUGCAGGAGUUCAGGGAGAUUCGUCAGAUUGCCAUCCAAGUGCUGAAGAGCCUCAUGAUGAAGCAUGCGUUUGACGAUCGCUACACCUCAAAAAGCCAGCAGGCCAGGUUAGUCACCCUGUACUUGCCCUUGUUUGGUCUGCUCCAAGAAAACGUCAACAGGCUAAAUGUGAAGGAAGUGUCGCCGUUCACCGUCAACCACUGCACCAGUAAUGGAAGAGAUGAUUCUCUCCAUACCAACACUUUGAUGACACCUCCGAGGUCGAGCACCUUUCUGGACACCGGCUUCCACAAAGAUGUUUUUGGAGCCAUCUCUGGCACCGCUUCACCUCAUGCGGCGUCCACCCCCAACAUUAACUCUGUGCGCCACGCCGACUCUCGUGGAUCGCUCAUCAGCACUGAUUCUGGGAACAGCCUGCCUGAGAGGAACAAUGACAAGGGCAGUUCCCUUGACAAGAACCAACCUGCCUCGACUCUGGGAAGCCCGCUGUUGCGAUGUGAUAAACUGGACCAGGCAGAGAUCAAGAGCCUCCUCAUGUGUUUCUUACAUGUGCUCAAAAGCAUGUCUGAGGAUGCUCUGUUCACAUACUGGAACAAGGCAUCAUCUUCUGACCUGAUGGACUUCUUCACUUUAGUCGAAGUGUGCCUCCAUCAGUUCAGAUACAUGGGAAAGAGAUACAUUGCAAGGAACCAGGAUGGGGCAGGACCUGUUGCACAUGAGCGGAAGUCUCAGACUCUUCCUGUGUCCCGUAACAGGGCGGGAAUGAUGCAUGCCCGCUUACAGCAGCUCAGCAGCCUGGAUAACUCAUACACAUUUAACCACACCUACAGUCACUCGGAUGCUGACGUGUUAAAUCAGUCACUGCUGGAGACCAACAUUGCCACUGAAGUCUGCCUGACCGUCCUGGACACACUCAGCAUCUUCAUCAUGAGUUUUAAGACACAGUUGUGUGCUGAUCACGGCCACAGUCCACUGAUGAAGAAGGUGUUUGAUGUCCACCUCUGCUUCCUGCGGAUCAAUCAGUCAGAAACGGCCCUCAAGCAGGUCUUCACUUCACUGCGCACCUUCAUUUACAAGUUCCCGUGCACGUUUUUUGAAGGGCGUGCAGACAUGUGUGCUGCUUUCUGCUAUGAGAUAUUGAAAUGUUGCAACUCCAAGCUGAGCUCCAUUCGCAGCGACGCAGCCCAUCUGCUCUAUUUUCUCAUGAAGAGCAACUUUGACUACACUGGUCGCAAGUCCUUCGUCCGGACACAUUUACAGGUUGUGAUUGCUGUCAGUCAGCUGAUAGCAGAUGUCAUUGGUAUAGGAAGUACUCGCUUCCAGCAGUCUCUGUCAAUAAUCAACAACUGUGCUAACAGUGAUAAAACUAUCAAGAACACAGCUUUCCCAUCGGAUGUGAAAGACCUGACUAAACGCAUCAGAACAGUGUUGAUGGCCACAGCACAGAUGAAGGAGCAUGAGAGAGAUCCAGAGAUGCUGGUGGACCUGCAGUACAGUCUCGCAAAGUCUUAUGCCAGCACACCUGAGCUGCGCAAGACCUGGCUUGACAGCAUGGCCCGAAUCCAUGUGAAGAAUGGAGACCUGUCUGAGGCAGCCAUGUGCUAUGUUCACGUUGCAGCACUCGUGGCAGAAUACCUGCGGAGAAAAGGCAUGUUCAAGCAAGGCUGCUCGGCGUUUCGUGUUGUGACUCCAAACAUCGACGAAGAAGCCGCAAUGAUGGAGGACGUCGGAAUGCAAGACGUCCACUUUAAUGAAGACGUCUUAAUGGAGCUUCUAGAGGAGUGCGCAGAUGGGCUGUGGAAAGCAGAGCGUUACGAGCUCAUCUCUGACAUCUACAAGCUCAUUAUCCCCAUUUAUGAGAAGCGGAGGGACUUUGAGAAACUGGCUCACCUGUAUGACACGCUGCAUCGAGCGUACAGCAAGGUGACGGAGGUCAUGCAUACUGGGAAGAGGAUGCUGGGCACGUACUUCAGAGUGGCUUUCUUUGGCCAGGCAGCGGGCUUCUUUGAAGAUGAAGAUGGGAAGGAGUAUAUCUACAAAGAACCCAAAUUCACGCCUCUUUCAGAGAUUUCUCAGCGGCUCCUCAAGUUAUACUCUGAUAAGUUUGGUCAGGAGAAUGUGAAGAUGAUUCAGGACUCUGGGCGGAUCAACCCCAAGGACCUGGACUCAAAGUACGCGUACAUCCAAGUGACACAUGUGACUCCAUACCUGGAGGAGAAGGAGCUGGUUGACAGGAAAACAGACUUUGAAAAGAGCCACAACAUCCGUCGAUUUGUUUUUGAGAUGCCUUUCACCAUUUCGGGCAAAAAGCAAGGCGGUGUGGAGGAGCAGUGCAAACGCAGGACUAUACUUACCACCACUCAUUGUUUUCCAUAUGUAAAGAAACGGAUCGCGGUGAUGUAUCAACACCAUACUGAUCUGAGCCCCAUCGAGGUUGCCAUCGACGAGAUGAGCAAGAAGGUGGCUGAGAUCAAACAGCUGUGCUCCUCCAGCGAGGUGGACAUGAUCCGUCUGCAGCUCAAACUGCAGGGCAGCAUCAGCGUCCAGGUAAAUGCAGGACCUCUUGCGUAUGCCAGAGCUUUUCUCGAUGAUACAUGUGCCAAGAAAUAUCCUGAUAACAAGGUCAAACAGUUGAAAGAGGUCUUCAGGCAUUUUGUGGAUGCGUGUGGCCACGGUUUGGGCAUUAAUGAACGACUGAUCAAAGAAGACCAGCAGGAGUACCACGAUGAGAUGAAGGCCAACUACAGAGAACUAGCCAGAGAGCUGUCCAUCAUCAUGCACGAACAAAUCAUUCCAGUGGAGGAUGGCAUGAAAAGCGUUCUCCCAGACUCGCUUCACAUCUUUAAUGCCAUCAGUGGCACACCAACCAGUGCCACCAUCCAGGGCAUUCCCAGCUCAUCCUCUGUGGUUUGAUGUCAGCCUGGGUGAACCUCAGAGCUGCCUAAGCCUGCCAACGCAGGCAUACCAGUGAUGCCAUAUUAUCACUCCAGAACUUAAUCCUGCUUCUCAGCCUAGAGAGAAACUGAUGGGAAAAACAGACAAGUCUCAUUUUUCUAUUUUCUGUCUGGCCACCGAAGACCAAUAUGAGCAAGGCACUGGACCUGUUUAACGUGGAUAAGGGGGCAUGGUGGCUGUGUGAUGGAGGUGGUGGGGGGAGGACAAAGAUGAGACUCUGUGCAGCAGAGAUGACAGGACACGGACUUUUUUCCUCCUUUAUGAUGACGUGAUGCUUGAUAAGACAUAACCUGUCUUGUCUUUACGUGUUUCUACCUGAAAAGACUGAGCAGUGUUUUCUUUAAAAACAUUCCUGUUGGGAUUUUUUUAAUAUGCAUGUCACUACAUUACACCUACACUCUCCCAACAGUCCAUUUUUGUUUAUUUUGAUAAUGUUUCACAAUGUUUUUUAUGGACAAUAUUUCACUUUUAUAAGCGACUGUAUUGAUGUCUUGAUUAAUGGUAUAUGCUGCAUACAUCAGUGCUCCUCUCCCUGUACAUGAAGGUAUAUUUCUAGAAAAAUGCAAUUUUGGAAUAAGGGCCUGCUACGAUGUAACAUUAGCAUUCAACCUUAAAUCACUUUGAUGUCUUAGAAUGGGAGAGUUUUAAAGUAUUUAAAGCCAUUGCAUACAAAAAGGUAUAUUCCAAGUUGUGUAUUAAUGUGUAUAUAAAACAAGGAGUGUGUGCAAUAUUUGCAAAGUAUCUUGCUGUGUGCGGCUCAUACACUGUAAAGAUUACGUUCACCUUCUUGCCAAAGCGAUGAGGUGUUGGGAAAGGACGCCUACUGUGCAAGUAAUAUGAAAAUUUUAUCAUUUUAUGUUCCAGAAAUUGUCUUUUAUUUGGGCAGAAAUGUUUUUUUUAACUUUAUUUAACACAAGUCACUGUUCUGCUGUAAACAAAGACGUUCCCUAAUGCUUUUAAAUAAAAUACACUUAUUUCUCUGCAUUUGCAUCCAUAGGUCGUUAUUUGUUUUACUUGGUGGUAUUUUGUGGUAUUCUCGCACUUGGCUCGCUUGUGAAAUAAGUGGGAAAUAAACCUUAUUAUUCUCAGGGAUCAUUGCUGACUCCCUAGCUCCCAUAUCUCAUGUUCCCACCCAUCAUAAAAAUAAUACAGUCGGCAGUGUGAAAAGCUGAUCAAGGGUUAAUAAAAAGCAAUAUUACAGGAAACAUUCCCACUCCCACUAGUGAACAGAGAAAGAUAAAUGAUCUGCUCCCUGCAGGAAGCUUAAAGGGAUUUUAUGCUAUAGCAGAAAGCACGUGAUAGCUUCACAUCAUGGCAGGUAAGACUAAAAUAAAUGCAUUAUUAUGUACUCUUUCAUUUUAAUUCACAGAACACAAAUAUUCUGCUGCACAACAUGAAAAUGUGCACUGAGGGAGAAGUUAACAGAAAGAAAACAAGUUCCAUGUUCUUAACUUAAAAACUUAAACUCUUGAACUCUUCAUUCUGUAACAGGUGAAUGCACCUGUCAGGACAGAUCCCAAACAUAUUAGGAUCUCAGAUUUAUUUAUUAAUGCAAUUUGCACUACUGUCUUACACAGUUUCAAUCUUAUUUUUACAGUUUUUCUUUUCUUUGUUUAUUUUUUUUCUAUCACCAUUGUGUACCUAUAUUUACCAGGUGCCAGUAACACCUUUUUUGUUAACUGCACUGUUUUUUUUAAUAGAAUGUACUAUUUUUAUUCUUUAUCCUGCUACUGUAACA